GCUGCGGAACCUCCGCGGGGCGCGCGCGCACCCGCCGGCCGCGCGCCUACAGCGGCCCCGCCCUCCUCCGCACGGCGGCCAAUCAGGAAGCGCGGCGCAGGUUCAAACAAACGGCGGGUCAACAUGGCGGCGGCCUGCGGGGCUGGCAGCUAAUCGGCCCCCGUCUCGUGUGGAAGAUGUGGCGGGUGAAAAAACUCAACAUGAGCGUGUCGCCUUCGGGAAAGCCAGCAAUGAGGACUCCUCUUCGAGAACUUACGCUACAGCCCAAUGCCCUCACCAGCUCCGGAAAAGAGCCCCCCACUGAUUCCUCGAUGUCCCCGUCUCUGUGCAAGUUGGGACCGCAGGAAGACAGUAUCCACUCAUCUACCCUGGAUUUUGUCAAUACUGAGAGGAUAGAGUCCCCUUCAGAACCAGUCAGUCACACUUCAGAGUGGCAGGAAGCUCAUCAACUUCUGGCCAAUGAGCCGCACGUCGCUCUGAUUCCCCAAACCAACUCCAUUUCCCCAGCAUUUGAGGAAGCACUGUACAAUGAAAUGAUCAAAACCAUGGUCCUUGUACCUUCUGCAGAGGGUGGCCAGCAAGACAUUAUACACGAGGCCCACUUAGAUACGUUGGCAGAGACAAUUAACAUCUCUCUUGAUGAACUUUUGCAGCCAGGAGAUCUGCUGGGAAGCGGGCUUGCACCUUCUAUGGAAGACAGUUUUUUUCCAGAACUUGUUUCUGCCAUUGCUGAGAAACCUGUAUUGCAGGAGCCUCCAUCCCACGUCUCAGAGUCUCCACCAAGUCUCUGCUCAGAGCAGCAGCUGUACUCCGAGGAAAAGCCAAAGGGCGGUGGAGCUGACACUGAGCCUGAGAACUUAGUCCCUUCUGGAAAUAAUUCCUUUUUGUCUUCCUCCACACUCUGGCGUUCCUCUUCAACUGCCUUAGCAGCAGAUUUUCUUGCAAGUCCUGGGGUCCCUGGAGAAGACACUGCGGAGCACAGAGCUAUAGAGGAAAAAGAAAUAAGCGUUCCCAUGCUCCCUGAAGCUGCCGAAUUGGGAGAUCAGGCCCUGGUCUCAGAUGGCGAAGAUAUUCCACACACAUGGCAGUCCCCACAGACAGGAAAUAGGAACUCCCAGGGAGCUCACGACCCCGUAGUGGAAGAGACUAGUACGCGUCUCAUCUCUGAUACAGAGCCUUGGCUGUCCCCACUGGCUUGGCUGGAAAAAGGCGUAAAUACUUCAGUCAUGCUGGAAAAUCUCCGUCAGAGCUUGUCCCUGUCUUUUCCUUCUGUUCUUCGGGAUGCUGCGACCAGUAUGACCCCUGUUUCCACUUGCUCCAUCGGAACUUGGUAUACUCCCCCAGCACAACAAGAGAAAAGUUCAGACGUAUCCCAGACAGGCGUGGUAGGCACCGAGGACAGUGCUUCUCAGGCAGAGCCCCUCCUGCGGGGCCAUCCUCCAGAUCUGACAGCCUUAUCUCGACAUGAUCUGGAAGAUAACUUGCUGAAUUCUCUUGUCAUUCUGGAGGUUCUCUCCCGCCAGCUGCAGGAGUGGAAGAGCCAGCUGACUGCGCGCCCUGCAGUUCAGGACAGCAGCACACAGACGGACACUUCUGGUGGGAAGCCAUGGGUGCAGGUGUCAAAGGAGUUGAUAUCGUUACUUCACCUGUCUCUGUUGCACUUAGAGGAAGAUAAAGCUACUGUGAGCCUGGAGUCUCCACGUGCAGAAAACUUGGUCUCCUGUUUUAAAGUGUUGAAGAAAUUGAAGAAAAGGCUCCAGAGCCUCAAAGCAGAGCAGGAGCAGGCAAAGCACGGAGAGAAGACUGCCCUCUCAGGCACGAAUUCGGCAGAGACAGAGCUUGAGGCUUUCUGUGCUCACUCUGGCCAGCUCAAACAGGACCUGGCUGCCAGCCUUCUGAAGGAAACCCAGACUCACCUGGUGGGGCUUCACACUGAGCAAGAACAGCUGGCUCAGCAGACAGCAAGUCUGACCCAAGUCUUGCAUCAGGACUGGAUAUCCAUGCAGCUGGAUUAUGUGACGUGGACGGCUCUGCUGAGUCGGUCUCGAGAACUCACAGAGAAACUCAUGGCCAAGAGCCGGCAGACUCUGCAGGAACGGGAUGCCGCAAUUGAGGAAAAAGAGCAGGUUUCCAGGAAACUGGAGCAAGUCUCUGCUCAUUUAGAGGACUGCAAAGGCCAAAUAGAACAACUAAAGUUGGAAAACAGUCGCCUAGCAACAGAUCUUCAGACUCAGCUGCAGAUUCUUUCCAGCACGGAGAGUCAGUUGCAAGAGCUCUGCAGUCAGCACUCCCACUGCGCUCAGGACUUGGCCAAGAAGGACGAGUUGCUUUGCCAGCUUACCCAGAGCAAUGAGGAGCAGGCUGCUCAGUGGCAAAAGGAAGAGAUGGAACUAAAGCGUAUUCAAGCAGAGCUGCGGCAACAACAGGCGGUCCUGGCCAAGGAAGUUCAAGACCUGAAGGAGACCCUGGAGUUCGCCGACCAAGAGAAUCAGGUUGCACACCUAGAGCUGGGGCAGGUUGAGUGUCAGCUGAAGGCCACGCUAGAGGUGCUCCGGGAGCGCAGUCUGCAGUGUGAGGACCUCAAGGACACUGUGGAGAACCUGAAGGCUAAAUUGGCCAGCAUCAUAGAAGAGAGUCAGGAGCACGACCUGGAGAAGACACGUCAGUAUUGCCAAGAGCUGGGGGUGCUGACUGAGCAGCUUCAGAGCCUAACUGACUUUCUGCAGACAAAACUACAGCUACAGGAGAAGGCUGAACCAGAGCCCCUUGUGACAAACACAGCCUCAGUGUCACCCCUUGAACACACUCCGUCCACCGACAACACCACCUUGGGAAGCUGCUUGACAGGCCCAGCACAUGAAGCACUAGAAUCAGCUCCUGGAUCUGUACCCCUGCUUGGAAGUGACAAGAGUGCUUUCACCCGAGUGGCAUCCAUGGUUUCCCUUCAGCCUCCAGAGACACCAGACCUGGGGAAGAGUCUAGCAGAAAUGGGGUCCAGUAUGGUAGCGCUUUGGAGCCUGAGUUCCCUGCUGCAAGAGUCUAAGGAGGAAGCCAUCAGGACUCUGCAGCAAACCAUUUGUGAUCUACAGGCGAAGCUGCAGGCUCAGGAAGAGCAACAUGAGGAAGCCCAGAAGGCCAAGGAAGCCGAGAUAGAGAAGCUGAACCAGGCCUUGUGCAUGCGCUACAAGAAUGAAAAGGAGCUCCAGGAAGUGGUACAGCAGCAGAACAAGAAGAUCUUAGAACAGAUAGACAAUAGCGGCGAACUCAUAAGCUUAAGAGAGGAGGUGAUGCAGCUCACCCGCUCACUUCGGCGUGCAGAGACAGAGACUAAAGUGCUCCGGGAAACCCUGGCAGGCCAGCUGGAUCCCAAUUGUGAGCCUAUGGCCACUAGCUGGAUCCAGGAGAAAGUGUGGCUCUCCCAAGAGGUGGACAAGCUAAGGAUGAUGUUCCUGGAGGUGAAAAAUGAGAAGGCAAAACUCAUGGCUAAGUUCCAGAGCCAUAGAAACAUCCUUGAAGAGAAUCUUCGGCGCUCUGACAAGGAAUUAAAGAAACUAGAUGACAUUGUUCAGCAUAUUUACGAGACUCUACUUUCCAUCCCAGAGGUUGUGAAUGAUUGCAAGGAGCUGCAAGGAUUACUGGAGUUUCUGAGCUAGGACACCGAAAGCUGGAAUCCAUUUCAUCCCUUUUUACCUGCAAUAUCCCCUUAUCCUCCUAUUAGGACCAAUUGGCAUUGAGCCACCAAUGUUUAAUAUUUUUUAAAUAAAACACUUUUAAUGUAUUUCUUCA